AUGAAUAGAAGUAAAAGUAUGAAAAGAAUGGACAUCAUAAGGAAAUGUUUUAUAUAUAAUAAACCACGACUAAAGAGUUCCUACCGUAGCUUAUCUUCAAGUAUUUGUAGAUUUAAAGAAACUGACAUAAGCAAAACUGAAAAUAAAAAAUCCCAAGAAAAUGAAGGGUGGCCCAAAAGAGUUGUGACAGGAUUGCAACCUACAGGCACUCUUCACGUAGGGAAUUAUUUUGCUGCUGUGCAACGCUGUGUUAAACUCCAAAAUGAAGGCGACGACCUUAUGGUCUUUAUUGCCGAUCUUCAUGCUCACACAACACCUCAAGAUCCGGCACAGAUUCAGGAAAAUACACUUGACCUAGUUGCAUAUUUAUUGGCAAGUGGUUUAGAUCCAGAAAAAAGUGUACUUUUUAUACAGUCUGCUGUACCAAGGCAUGCAGAAUUGUGCUGGCUGCUUGCCUGCUUGGCAACACAUGCUCGCCUUGCCCAUUUGCCUCAAUAUAAAGAAAAGUCUGCUACAAUGAAAGAAGUUCCUGUUGGCUUAUUGCUUUAUCCUGUACUUCAGGCAGCAGAUGUGUUAGUGUAUCGUGGGACUCAUGUACCAGUGGGUGCAGAUCAGUUGCAACAUCUGCAAGUAGCUUCACAGCUAGUGCGAACCUUCCACCAUAGAUUUGGCCGCCUCUUUCCCACACCAAGACCAAUUUUACCAGACGAUGGCAGUGACCGUAUACGAAGUCUACGUGAUCCAACUAAGAAAAUGUCAAAAUCAGAUACAGAUCCUAAGUCACGAAUAUUAUUGAGUGACUCAGAUGAGACUAUAAGAUUAAAAAUUAGAAAAGCUGUUACAGACUUCACUCCACAGGUGACGUUCGAUCCCGAAACGCGGCCGGGCGUCUCUAAUCUCGUAACUCUACACUGCCUCGCGGCGGACUUGCUGCCCGAGGAGGCGGUGGAGGAGGCCGAGGGGCUGAGCACGGCGCAGUACAAGGGCGUGGUGGCGGAGGCGCUGUGCGCGGCGCUAGGCCCGCUGCGCGAGCGCGCCCACGGUCUGCGCGCGCGCCCCGCGCUGCUGCGCGAUGUGCUGCGCCACGGCGCCGCCGCCGCACGAGCGCGCGCCGAUGCCGUCUACGCCGACGUGGCCGCGCGCCUCGGCCUCGCGCUGCCCGCCCGCCCCGCGCCCGCGCCCCGCGCCCACGCGCUGUGCGUCGCGACGGCACAGCCGCGCCGG